AUGCCCGUCACGACAGAUGAAUCAAAAGGACCGACGUUCGAAGAAAAAGGACUGGGUUCAACUAAUAGAGAGUACAAGAACAGCCUUGACGCUCCUCACGAUGUCAGCAGCACAUCGGAACAUAGUCGGCAGAAACACGAAACAUCGACUCUCUCCCAUCAUGUCACCGUCGUAGACUGGGACGGUCCCGACGACCCUAAUAAUCCAAAGAAUUGGAAGGCCAGUCGGAAAUGGACGGCAACCUUGAUUGUGUCCUGUUUUACCUUUAUUUCACCCGCUACUUCAUCAAUCAUUUCACCAGCAACUGACCAAGUUGCGAUGGAAUUCCAUAUCAAGAGCAGUGUUCUCCUAGGAAUGAUAACAAGUGUUUAUGUUUUAGGUUUCGCCUUUGGCCCUUUAGUCGUCGGACCACUGAGCGAGGUUUUUGGACGCUCACGCGUCUUACAGGCUUCCAACGUUUUCUUUCUGAUAUGGAAUCUAGCGUGUGGAUUUUCCCGAAAUACCCCACAGUUAAUUGUUUUCCGCUUUCUGGCUGGAAUGGGUGGCAGCGCGCCCUUUUCGAUUGGAGGUGCCGUCGUCGGGGAUACUUUUCAUCCUGAGGAACGCGGAACCGCCAUGGCGUUGUAUGCAUUAGGACCCAUGCUUGGACCCGCAUUAGGCCCGGUAGCCGGUGGAUGGAUUGCAGAAAAAACUAGCUGGAGAUGGGUGUUUUGGUCUACCACCAUAGCUGGCGCUAUGAUUUUCGUAUUGGGGCUGUUCCUAUUACAAGAAACCUAUGGACCAAUACUUCUUGAAAGAAAGGCUCGUCAGCUGGAAAAGGCGUUCUCCAACGAUUGCGAAAAGGCUCAAAGUCGAAAAGAUCCCGCUAAGAAGAGCACAACGCAAAGACAAUUUCGCACCGCUUAUGAAGGCUCGGCGAAUCGGAGUUUGCACGACAUCAUAAGUAAAGCUCUAUUAAGACCUUUUAUGUUAUUCAUCCGAGAGCCCAUACUCCAACUAUUCGGAUUAUACAUGUCGUUCAUAUACGGCACUUUCUACAUCUUUGUGACGACGAUACCGUCCACUUUUCGGAAUGUUUACCAUCAAUCCAUCGGCAUAGCAGGGUUAAAUUACAUCGCGCUUGGAUUUGGAUUGACUUUGGGUUCCUUUAUGAAUUCGAGGACCAUGGACAAGCUCUACGCGUAUCUUAAACGGCGUAACGGGAAUGUAGGAGAACCAGAGUUUCGUAUACCGAUCCUUUUCCCCGCCUCUGUAUUCUUACCUUUAGGUCUCUUGUUGAGUGGAUGGGCGACACAACACACUUUACACUGGUUUGUGACGGACGUGGGAAUCUUUUUCAUUGGUCUUUCUCUGGUCAUGACCUUUCAAUCUAUACAAACCUAUAUCGUCGACGUCUUCGCACUCUACGCAGCUUCUGGACUAGCCUCGGUAUUUUGCCUGCGUUCACUUUUUGCAUUUACAUUUCCUCUGUUUUCCCCAGCUCUGUACAAAGGCCUGGGUGUAGGAUGGGGAAACACAGUGUUGACGGGUGCAGCAAUAGUUAUAGGGUGUCCUGCCCCUUAUAUCUUUUGGUUUUAUGGGAAGAGAGUGCGGGGACGGAGUAGAUAUGCAAGACAAACCUGA